AUGGUUGACGCUAGUCUCAUACUCAUAGUACUCGGUACGCUAUUCACCGGUGCUGCAAAUUCGCUCCUUACAAAAUACCAAGAUAAUCAAUGUGUUCACGACUGUGAUAGUAACCAUCCGCAAUAUUUUAACCAGCCGGGUAUACAAACAUUACAAAUGUUUUUAGGUGAAUUGUCCAUGUUUUUUGUAUACUUGGGAUAUAAAUGGUAUUACUGGACUCCAUAUAUUCAGUUAGGUGGAGAAGAAGAGAGAUCAGAUGAAGGUGUUGCUAUAUUCAAACAUUGGAAGUUGGCGAUUCCCGCAAUUUGUGAUUUAAGUUGUACAACGUUGCUCAAUGUUGGACUUAUUUAUGUUCCUGUAUCCAUCUAUCAGAUGACUCGUGGAUCGGUUGUGUUGUUUGUUGCUGUAUUGUCAGUUAUCUUCCUCAAUCGAAGGAUAUCAAAGUUGCACUGGAUCGCCUUAUUUGUUAUAACUUUAGGUGUGGGGAUUGUUGGACUUAGCGGAUCACAAACAAAAACAGCAGAAUCAGCUACACUGGGUGCUGGAUUGAUUGUUUUUGGAAUAAUAUUGAUAAUUGGUGCCACUUCGCUACAAGGUGUACAAUUUGUCGUUGAAGAGCACAUCUUGGCCAAGCAACCAAUUAUUCCAUUACAGUUGGUUUACAUUGAAGGGUUCUUUGGUGCUACAACAAUCACCUUGUUCAUGGUGGUGCUCAAUUUUAUUUCCAAGAGUAUUCAAUCACCGGAAGAGUUUGCUCGAUCACCAUUCAACAUUGUGGAGGCAUUUUCUCAAGUUUUUGGCAACAGAACCGUACUUGUUACAUCAUUACUCAUUAUGGCAUCUAUUGCCAGUUUCAACUUUUGUGGAUUGUCUAUAACUCAUCGGAUUUCAGCCACUGCAAGAUCCACAGUAGAUACAUGCAGGACCUUGAUUGUAUGGUUAUUUGCCGUUGUGGUAAUGCAAUGGGAACGAUUCAAAUUCCUACAAAUGACUGGAUUCGCAAUUUUGGUAUUUGGUACCUUAUGGUUUAAUGGCGUAAUUGAAGUCGAAAAUUGGAGCUUCAUUCCAAGUUGGUUGAAAGAUGAGGAUGAAAAUGAAGAUGAAAGGACGCUGAUUGAUGAAGCAUUAGAAGAGAGACUUAUUAGUUAA